AUUAAUUUUUCAACACUAAGGGCCCCAAAGUGACAGACUCCCAUGACCAGUACUAAUGCAGUUCACAUCCAAACUCAUAAAUAUGACAACCAAAUUUUGAGUUUUGAAAAUUCUUCACAAAAAUCACAAAAUCCCAAAAAAAUGUUACCAAAAACUCCUCAUUUGAGUGAAUUCUACUGUUUAAUUCUGCUACUUUUCCUCAACAUAAUCCACCAUUCAAAAGCUCAACCACCCACAAAUGGCUACACUUGCACAAUCAACAGCACAACCACCAAUUUCCCCUGCCAAACUUAUUUAUUAUACAGAGCUAAACCCCCAGAUUUCUUAGACCUUGCUUCAAUUGCUGAUGUCUUCAAUGUCAGCAGACUAACAAUCUCAAAACCCAGUAAUAUUUCAAACCCAUCUUCAUCUCUUCUCCCAAAUCAACCCCUUUUCAUCCCUAUUUCAUGUGGGUGUCACCCUGUUCAAAAUCAAACCCUUAAAUCCAUCUCUUUUGCUAAUAUGACUUACACAAUCAAAUCAGGUGACACUUUUUAUUAUGUUUCUAGUCAUAUUUAUGGUAAUCUUACUACUUGGCAAUCUACUGUAAUUAUUAACCCUACUGUUGAUGUUUAUAAUCUUACUAUUGGGGUUGAUUAUAAUUUUCCUAUUUUUUGUAAGUGUCCUAAUAAUACCCAGUUGAGGAAUAAUGUUAAUUUCUUGGUUACUUAUGUUUUUCAGCCUAAUGAUAGUUUGAGUAGUAUUGCAUCUUUGUUUGGAGUAACUAGGCAGUCUAUUGUUGAUGUAAAUGGGAAUAAUUUUAAGCCUUUGGAUACGGUUUUCGUUCCGAUUUCGAAACUUGUUAAGCUUAAUCAACCCCCUGGUGUUCCUACUAAUCAGACUAAUAGUGGAAGUAAUCAAACAAUUGUUGUUAAUAGAAACAAUGAUCAUAAAGGGGCUGUUGUUGGUUUAGGUGUUGGAUUGGGUGUUAGUGUUUUGUUGCUUGUUUUGGUUUCUGGGUUGUUGGUUUAUAGGGAAAAUCAGUAUAGGAAAAAGUUAAAGGAGAGAGAUUUUGAGGUAAUUAGUAGGCAGGAGAAUGUAGGGAAGGGCAGUGAGAGGAGGAUUUUGAAGCAAUUAGAACAGAAUAUGUUGUUAGCUGAUGUUUCUGAAACUUUGGAUAAGUAUAAGAUUUACGAGAUCGACGAGUUGAGGAAAGCUACUGAUGGGUUUGAUGAGAGGAAGGUAAUACAAGGUUCUGUUUAUAAAGGUUGUAUUGAAGGGAAAUUUUAUGCUAUUAAGAAGAUGAAGUGGAAUGCUUAUGAAGAAUUAAAGAUCUUGCAAAAGGUGAAUCAUGGAAAUUUGGUCAGAUUGGAAGGAUUUUCCAUAGACCCUGAAGAUGCUACUUGCUAUCUAGUAUAUGAAUUCAUCGAAAAUGGGUCUCUUCAUUCAUGGCUACAUGAGAACAAGGGAAAAUUAAAUUGGAAAACUAGACUAAGAAUUUCUACCGAUAUUGCAAAUGGUCUUCAAUACAUCCAUGAGCAUACAAGACCUCAAGUGGUUCACAAAGACAUUAAGAGCAGCAACAUUCUCCUUGAUGCCAAAAUGAGAGCUAAGAUUGCCAAUUUCGGCCUAGCAAGAUCCGGGUGCAACGCUAUUACAAUGCACAUUGUAGGAACCCAAGGGUAUAUUGCGCCUGAAUACUUGACUGAUGGUAUAGUCUCUCCAAAAAUGGACGUCUUCUCAUUUGGAGUAAUUUUGCUGGAGUUGCUAUCAGGUAGAGAGGCCAUCGACGAGGAGGGAAAAGUACUUUGGGCUAGUGCCCAUGAAAUAUGGGACUGCACUGAUGAAGCAGAAAAGGUGAAGAAGUUGAUGGAGUGGAUAGACAAGUUCCUUGUAAAGGAAUCUUGUUCUGUUGUGGCCUUAACAAACAUAAUGAAUGUCGCUGUUGCUUGUGUUAAUAAGGAUCCCUCAAAACGGCCAAGUAUGGUAGAUGUUGUGUACGCAUUGUGCAAGAGCGAUGACCUCUUCUACGACAUAUCAGGAAAUGAGUUUUCUACAUCUCCUAUUACAGCAAGGUAGAACAAAAAAAGUAUAUUUAGGUUGAGAUACUGCCUGUAGUGGUGUAGUCUUUGAUCUGUAGAUGGUAUAAAUAUGUGAUUGCUUGCUUUAUAGAUGAAUUUUUGUUGUCUACCUUAAACUAUUUAUUGGUAUAAAAGAAACAAAUGCAAAUAAUAAUGUAUUAUAGGCGAAGAAAAAGCAUGUGUUAGGCUGUUAGCGGGAUGAUAGAUUAUAUAUAGAGAGAUUUGUGAUAGUUUCGUAUUUAGGUGGCCUUUUAUGUACUCUGUCCAAAUAAUGUGUACAUUUGUUUUUUCUUGGCCAAAGGGUGUUAAUUAUAGAUGUGUGGAAAAAAAAAUGUUCCUAAGGCUUAUGAAA